AUGGACAGCGUGUGGGAGAUGCGCCAUGUGAAUUGAACAACACGGAUUCGAAAGGAAUCUCCCACUUCUACAUUGGAGGGGAUGGGGGCAGCGCAGGGAGCAAGGAAGACGUGCCUGUGACCGCGACGAAUGUCCUGCUGUACAACCGCCCGUUGGAUGACAAUGAGAUCCGCGUCCUCAACGCAAACAAAAUUUCUAUUCCAAAGCUGACAGAUCUGAAAACAUUGGCGGCAGGAGCAACGGGUGUCGGUGCCGCUCGCCACUUUGGGGCAAAUGGUGAUGGCAGCGCUGUUUGCGGAGGCGGACUGCUGCCGCUGCUGCUUCUGCUGGGACUGUGGGGGAUUGCCGCUUCUUGA